AUGUGGCCUGCCGAAGCCGUGAUAGGGGCUAUCAGCACCCUGCUCUCUUUACAAGCCGACCAUGUCGCCCCUGGUUUUAUUUCAAGUAACAGUACACCAUCAUGGCACACCUCUCUAGCCAAAAGAGCAGCACAGGACUUUUUCCUACGAGUGAUGCCCCUUGGAGCAUCCAUAACGGAAGGAAUUGGUUCGAGAAACGGGGCAGGGUAUCGCGAUCUACUUCGUGCGCAGUUGCGUACACGGGGAUGGAACGUUAACAUGGUGGGAUCAAAACAAAACGGGCGUUUUGAAGACAGUGACAAUGAAGGGCACCCAGGCCUGACCAUCAACCAAGUCCGCGGGGAGUUCAAUAAGACUGGCAAGGCGCUGAUGCCAAAUCUGGUGCUUCUCAACGCUGGGACGAACGACUGCAUCCGCCAAAUCGACACCAACAACGCGGGAGCCCGCCUCAAAGCUCUCAUCGAUGAUGUCUUCACAACCGUUCCAGGGGUAACAGUGGUCGUUUCGACCCUGGCACCAUCACGCAAAAACGACAGUUGUUCCGCAGAUCUCAGUCAACAAUAUCGCGACUUGGUGACCAAUACCUACAGAGGCAACCCACGUAUUGGCAUGGCCGACUUGCAUGCGGCCAUCAACAUAAACGACCACCUCCAUCCCGACGGGGUACAUCCCAACGAUGCAGGCUACGCCAUCUUUGCUUCCCUCUGGAUGGAAGCAAUCCGAAAACUCGAAGACCAGAUCCAGCCUCCCGCAGCAGUGAUCGACGAUGGGCCUGCCGAUGUCCAGCGGCCAUCUCCGCCAAACGAUAAGGAAUGCAUCCGAACCCCAGGGACAGUGGUAGAUGGCACGUAUCUGCACGAGCAAGUGGAAAGGGGCGUCUUGAGCUCGGCGAAAAUCCCAAAGCGUUUGGAUGGAAGAGAGGCAACUCCCUCACAGAUCUUCUUUGCCAAUGUUGUCGUCAUGAACAACCUCUUCAAGAGGGGCGAGGAGUUGGAUGAUCGAAUUGCGGUCUAUCGUGGCGGCGAUGGUGGCAACAGAUAUGUGUUAUCUCAAAACAGGGCUGGUGGGAAUUUCGAGACAAACACGAUGGAGUUCAGUGUGGGAAUCGACUGCGAUGUAUCAAAGGGGGCAAGGGUCAUUUUUGCUGAUUUUGUGAGUACCUAUCUAGUCUUUGCGCUUUGGCUUGGGGGGUGGUGCUGA